UCUCAGUUGAGGGAACUGGAGGGUCGGAAGGGAAUUGAGACCUCAGGCUUAUCUUGUGAUGAACGUAUUCUGACAUCACACAGAAACAAUAUGCCUUCAGGUCUUCAAAAAAUGAUGUAUGACCAAGACAUAAGUAAUGGUUCUCAACAUCAUGGAACAUCUAAGUCACGACAGACAUUCACAAACUCUGCCGAGAUUCAAAACACUUUGCUGAGAAAUGAUGACAAAAAGAAAGAUGUCGAAAGGUACAAUUGCAUAGAGAACUUGUCCAAGUCUACAGACGAUAUUAACAGUGGGAAAAAGUCUUCUUUGAAAUCCCUGAAACAGUUCUUUGGCAAAAAGAAGUACAAUUGCAUGGAGAACUUGUCCAAGUCUACAAAUGAUAUUAAUAGUGAGGAAAAGUCUACUUUGAAAUCCCUGAAAGAGUUCUUUGCCAAAAAGAAGUUCAGUUGCAUGGAGAACUUGUCCAAGUCUACAAAUGAUAUUAAUAGUGAGGAAAAGUCUACUUUGAAAUCCCUGAAAGAGUUCUUUGCCAAAAAGAAGUACAAUUGCAUGGAAAACUUAUUCAAGUCUACAGAUGAUAUUAACAGUGGGGAAAAGUCUACUUUGAAAUCCCUGAAACAAUUCUUUGGCAAAAAGAAGUACAAUUGCACGGAGUACUUGUUCAAGUCUACAGAUGAUAUUAACAGUGGGGGAAAGUCUACUUUGAAAUCCCUGAAACAAUUCUUUGGCAAAAAGAAGUAAGUAGUAUUUGAUGGCAUUUAUUUAUUGGAGUAGUAUUAUAAUGGUAAUUAUUUAUGCAUAAUUAAUACAUAAAUAACUUAGAGAAGUAAUUUUGGUAGAAGUGGAACUGACAUUAAACAAAGUCAUCCAUGCAUAUUAGUCACUUAUACUUGCAAAUAAUAUUGAUUUGAAUAUUUCAUUAAUGUUUAAUCCCUGAUUAUAAGCCCAAACUUUCAUUCAUUUCAUUUUCGUGCUUAUAUCCAAUUAAGGUUCAAGCACG